AUGAAGUUCACCUCAUCAGUACUCGCAGCCUUUGCUCUGAAAGCUGUAGCAACUGUCUCUCCUGAAACUGCCAGGGACUGUAACGUCGAAGGAAAUCUAUUUCAGCUAGAAGGGUGGGUGAAAGAUAGUGUCGGUUCAGUUCAACUUCGUCAAUGGGGUGACCUGGGCACCGAUUCAAUCGCUGUCCUGGACGAAACUGCCGAUACUAAAACGGCCGUUCAUUACAUCAACAAAGAUAACGGUCAUUUGAUCGUUCUCGACCCAUUCAACUUAUUGAUCGCGGCCAAUGCAUACACGGAAAGCCCCGAGGGCGGAGAGCUGAAGUUCACAUUCUACAAUGACACAAGCAGAACCUAUUAUUGGCCCUCCUUCAGCAUUGAUUCAAAUGGUCAUCUGACGGUCAAUGGCUCUAGUAGCAUCUUCAGUCACUGCGGAUCGAAUGAUACAGAUUUACUCGGCGGAACGAUUGGAAUUGGUUCGGUUAGUGGUCAGGAUUGCCACCCUUUGGAUUAUCUCAACGUGAUGUCUGUCACGUCUCAGCUGAGCGUUGAGUGA